UUCUGCAGCGGUCUUUUGGAAUAUGUUUCUACGCACUUUGGGAUGAGAUCCCUUCGACUGGUGCGGGAGUAUGAGAGGACUUCCAGAAAACUGGCCGACAUCUUAGCCAGAGAGGAUCGUUCAUUUUUGUCAACUUGGAACGACCAUCAUUGAACAGAGGCAGCAAAAAUGAAAAGCCAUGGACCCGAGAAGCAGAAAAGCUGAUCCUCAAUCAGCUGGACCCUUGUGAUUUUCGGAAAAGAGCUGAUCUGAGGUCAGUUGGAAGGCAGAGUCAUUGGCUGACCGUGGAAUCAGGGAGCCAAGCUCUGGAUGUGAAGGACUGGAAGAACGGGUGGAGCUAAAAUGUCAAUGAGGCAAGCGGAGGGCGUGUCCAUUAUGCAGGCUUUAGCCAUGACCGUGGCUGAGAUACCUGUAUUCCUGUACUCCACCUUUGGCCAGUCAAUUUUCUCACAGCUGCGGCUGACCCCAAGCCUGAAGAAGGUGCUGUUUGCGACAGCGCUGGGCUCUGUGGCCUUGGCGCUCACGGCACACCACCUGAAGAGACGCAGCAGGAAGAGGAAGCAGGUAGCGGAGAAGUCGGCACCAAAGACGAUGGGCGUCCCAGAGCAGCUGCUCCGCUCAGCACGACCUGCAUCACUAAAGAGAGGUCCUUUUCCAGGGCGUCAGAUGAUGAGCCCGAGUACUCGCAGCAACGAGACCAUGAGUGGAAUCUCCUCACUUGCUGCAAGCAAACACUCGAGCUCUUCACACACAUCGGCACGACUCCCUUCAUCUCCCAACCAAUCGGGCGCUGCAGCCACACCCUGGGAGGCGGAGCCUGUAGCAGAGGAACCAGGGCUGAUGGAAGAUGCAAAUGCAGAGAACUUGUACCUCAUGGGUAUGGAGCUGUUUGAGGAAGCGCUGCAGAAGUGGGAGCAAGCGCUGAACAUCAGACACCAGACUCAGUCCAACUCUUCUGCCGCUAACAGCCUCGCUCGACAGGGGGUAGCGCUCACGCCAGAAGCUCGUAAUCGAAAAUUUGCUGAAAAGCUGGAGUCCCUUCUGCACCGGGCUUAUCAUUUGCAGGAAGACUUUGGCAGCACAAUACCAGCAGAUAGCCUGCUAGCUGACCUUGAGAGUGAAGGCACAUUAAUUCUGCCCACUGUGGAAAGCUCAUACGGGCUCCGGGAUGAUGACGCCGCUACCAUCACAUCAGACGAUUCCUUUUUCUCUGCAGCUGAGCUGUUCGACACGUUCACCCUGGACGAGGUGUAUCAGCCACUCAAGCCUGCAGCGCUGUAUGAAGAGGCGCUGAGUUUAGUGAGAGAAGGGAAGGUAGAAUGCAGAUCACUCAGAACAGAGUUGCUGGAGUGUUACAGUGAUCAGGACUUCCUGGCUAAGCUGCACUGUGUCCGACAGGCUUUCCACGUCUUACUGGUGGAGGAGACUCACAAGACUUUCUUCAUGGAAACAGGCAAACAGAUGAUCCAUGGGCUCAUGAUCAAAGCCAACAAGAGUCCAAAGGCAUUUUUGGAGAGUUAUCAGGACAUGUUGCUGUACACCCAACGAGAGGAGACAUGGCCAACCACCAAGAUGGAACUGGAGGGACGAGGGGUGGUGUGUAUGAACUUCUUCGACAUCGUGUUGGACUUCAUCCUCAUGGAUGCAUUUGAGGACCUGGAGAACCCACCCACCUCCGUGGUCGCCGUCUUACGGAACCGGUGGCUCUCGGACAGUUUUAAAGAGACGGCUUUAGCUACAGCAUGUUGGUCGGUGCUGAAAGCCAAAAGAAGGUUACUGAUGGUUCCAGAUGGGUUCAUAUCUCAUUUCUACGCCAUCUCGGAACACGUGAGUCCGGUUCUGGCCUUUGGCUUCCUGGGUCCCAGACAGCACCUGACUGAAGUGUGUACUAUUUUCAAGCAACAAAUUGUGCAGUACCUGAAAGACAUGUUCGACCACGACAAAGUGCGCUUCACAUCUGCUCAGUCGCUGGCCCAAGACAUUUUGAGUUUGUCUCACAGGCGCGCUGACAUCCUGCUGGGCUACCUGGGCAUCGACAGCCUGCCUGAAGCGAACGGGACACUGCCGGCUAGCACGGACGAAGAGGACUGACGAUAAAAGACGUGGACGUUUCUGGACGAAAAAAGGAAAUCUAUUGAACGACUUUAAUUCCAGAUCCAAAGGCACAUCUAUAUUCAUUAUCUUUAACAGACUGAAAUGUAAACAAUCAAUGAAUCUCCUCAGCAGGACCGAGUGUAAUGGAACACUGGUGCUUGAAAGAAUCGACACAGUUUUUCUGAAGAAAUCGAACCACGGUCUGAAUUCUAUGGCUGAAUCUCUUAAACCUACAGAUCCUCAAAUAGCACUUGGUGAUAAGUCCUGCAUCUGUUGCUGCUAAUUAAAUGAUCUAGAUAAAAUGGUUUAAGUCUUGAUGAUGAUGAUCAGAUGGAUCCGCAGCUUGCUACCCAGCACGACCGAAGAUGAGUUUCUGGAGCAGCCUGACUGAAAAAACCUAGAAUAAAUGAAGCGAUGCACAGAGCUACAGUACGUACCGGUAAUGAAAAGAAAGUCUUCAAUUCUUUGCAAGAUGCUCUUUGGUGUCCCUGCCAGCUGGACCGAAAUAUUCCAUACGCCGAGGUCCGUGGAAACGCCACCUUGGGUCACUUUUCGCUGACAGGACGGGAAAUGAGGAAUUUUGUUUUCUCAUGAGACAAAAAGAAUGCAAGAUCUUUUAACUGAAUACAAGCCUCAGGUGUUGAGUCGGAUCUCGGCUUCGUUCAUCCGUCACAUAUCCAAGUAGCUCUUUCCAAGCCAAACUGAAUCCCACAACCACUGAAGAAGCUGCAUGAACAAGAAGCCCACAGAUCAAAAUAGCACUAAGUAGUCGAGGUUGUGUUGGCUGCUCGGCGAGGUUCCAUCCCUGUCCUCGACACGCACUUGUAUGUAAUUAUGUCGCAGAUUGUUUAAUUUUUGGGGAUGUAAAUACUAGUUAUAUGCGUCACUGGAGAUAUGAAAGCAGAGGAGUGUGUGUGUGUGUGUAUACAGUAUGUAUUCCCAAAAGUCACAGUUGGCUUGUGUAUCAGCCAGACCAAGAUCUUCAGCAGCUGGUUAUUGUAACGUUUGAGCAGGUUAUAAUUCUAAUACAGGACGACUAAACGGGUAUAUAGGGCACUGAAGAAUGCAAGCGACACUUAUAAAGGUCUGUUCACGUCUUGGCUAUCAUUGGGUUUCACUGAAUGUUGAAUUUAUGGUUUAUUCAUAAGGUAAGGCUUUCUGCUGCGAAUGAACUGCGGAUCACAAACGUCUGACUGAAUGAUUAAGUUAUUCCACAAAAUCGAGUCGUACCUGAGCUGAUAGCCGAUGAGGCACGUCGAGUUGGCUUUAACCUCCUAGGGCCUAGCGGUCACAUACGUGGACAGCACUUUUUAGAAAUUCAGAACAAGAAUCCACAUAUGUGGACAUACCUUUUCUCAAAAAGUACAUCUUAUCAAAGAUGAUGCUUAGUUUUUAUUCUAAUCAUGUUCUAAUAAGCCCAAAUAGCAAAAAGAAAUAAAAAAUGCAUGUAAAAAAAACAGCUUGGGUCUUAGGAGGUUAAAGGAACAGUCCACCGUACUUCCAUAAUGAA